AUGAUCCAUCACCUCUCCUCCUCCCAUGGUGUGCCUCUCCCAGCCGCCCAGCAGCUUCUCGCUGAAUCCCCCUCGUCUUCCUCGACCCCAGCGACACCGGAGGGUGCUCCCUGCACCGAGACGGCGGUACCUCGUGGGCCCACCCAGGCUCCCAUAGACGAUUUCGCCUCUCUACUCGACCCUUCACCACCCGUCCCGCUACCAUUCGCUUCGCCCCAGCCUCUGCCAACGCCUAUCCUCGACGACCGCCCUCACUUUGAUCUGAAUUUUGCUGACAGCCUGCUUCCCUCGACUAACUUUUCGCUUCCCACGCCCACGGUUAUCAAAACAGCGCACAAUCUGCGCCUACCCUCGUUUGACGUCCUAGGUAUCGCUGCACCUCACCCUGAUCGCAUUGCCUUUCGCUCAAACCACCCCUUCUCCCCCCUAGGCGCCGGACCUCUUUCAAAGCCAGAAGACCCUCUCCAUGCACUCAGCCCACCACUGGACCUUCAUCACCAGGCUGACGGAGCCUACGGCACCCACACCAAGAGUCCUCAAGUUGCCAGGGCCCAAGUGGGACACCUUGUACCCACCUACACGCCUCCUUGGGAGCCGGGCAUGUUUAAUUGGGGGUCCUUCGUGAAUGUGAGAACUGCUGGCCUUGGCUCUCCUCCCAGUUCUGAUCCAGGAGUGUCGCCAAACCUCACCACUACCGCCAGUGCAACGUCUCCAGGCCAGGCUCCCAUCGUUGUGCCCACUUACGCUGACCUAAGCGACGCUAUGAGGAUGACUGUCUGGGUAGAAGACGUCAAGAACAUGAUCACUACCGAAUCUGGUUGCUCGAGCCUAGAUUCCGUCAAGAUUCUGUCGCACGCAUUGCCAUGCCCCUCACUAACAGGCCACCUUUUCGGCCAAAUCAUUGCCAACAUUCACGAUAGCACCACGACACACACCUUAUGGAUCAAUGUAUUUCAUGCCGUCCCCGGUCGCUACACACUCUCAGAUCUUCCCAAAUCCCCACCAUCCACCCCCGGACCCGCCGUAGGGGGAGAUUCGUACUUCACAAGCAAAGUCUUUGACAGCGCCGUCGCGAUUCCCGACUACCAGCUGGAUUCCAAGCUCCUGCCUCCUUCCCCAAGACCGGUCGUGCCGCCAGGGAGCAUCAACGUCUCAGUGGUGGAGCGUUACAUUCCCCCCACCAACACCAACGAAUUCGCCGAGUUGUUCUCGUUCAGAGGCCGCUCCUUGUUAUACGACCGCCUCGUUGAACUCUCAUUUGACGACGGUGUCCUUCUCUUCAUCUACCCUACUAGGACGGGUGGUCGGACAUUUAUGCAGCAGUAUCUCGGACCCAUUCUCGAUCCACUCCUAAGAACCGUAACUGUAGUCCACGAUCUUCACUCUGAGCUGGGAAGGAGUCUAGGCCAAAUGAGCUCCGUCAACUACCUAGACGAGUACGAUCAGUUAGAGGCGCAUGUCCGGAAGUUUUGUCAAGCACUUGGCGAGCGACAAGGCCACGGUGCCAAGAAAGCCAACUACGAGGUUAUCCACGCGGCUAAAGAGGAGAUGGUAUUGGAAAGAUCAUCCUGGGCGGAUGACAUGUGGGUGAAGCAAGAGAAGCCUAGAGUGCGCGAGGUCAUCUCGAAAUACUUCCGCAAAUCGAACAAGCUCCAUACUGGCGAAUUGACGGGCGCAAAUUUGAUCCAGGAAGUGCUCGAUGGCGUUUCGAAACGGGAGUAUGAGGAUGGAAGCCCUCGUAAAGGUGUGGAACUAGGCGUCUUUAUCGUCAAGAAGACGGGUUCCGUAUAG